CGACAACACAUUAUACGAAUAUAAGCCCCUUCUAGCUCUAUCACACCAUACCAUACUCUCUCCAUCUCUCAUGGCUUCUUCUACUGUUGCUGCUACUACCGAGGUCGCCGAGAACGGGUCAUCCAAGGGCCCAGAAUCUGAUCAACGAACGGAGACAACUGACUCCGCCACUGCAACCGCCACGGCCACCGAGUCCGAGUCACUAGGAGAUGAUCAUUCUCUGUCCGGAUCAGCGCCGGAAGAAACAAUGCCCACUCCGGCUGCAGCUUCAGCCGACGAAGACGUCAAGAAGUGGCCGGGAUGGCCCGGGGACUGCGUGUUUCGCCUCAUCGUCCCCGUCCUCAAGGUCGGUGGCAUAAUCGGCCGCAAAGGUGAACUCAUCAAGAAAAUGUCCGAGGAGACUGGCGCUCGCAUACGCGUCCUUGAUGCCCCCAACGGAACUUCUGAUCGCAUUGUUUUGAUAUCUGGAAAGGAAGAACUGGAGGCAUCAUUGUCCCCAGCGAUGGAUGCUACGAUAAGAGUAUUCAAACGUGUCAGUGGAUUAUCUGAUAAUGACGCAACUGGUGCUGCUGGAGCUGCAUUUUGUUCAAUCCGGUUAUUGGUGGCAUCCACACAAGCCAUUAAUUUGAUUGGGAAGCAAGGCUCUACGAUCAAGUCAAUACAGGAGAGCACUAAUGCCUCUAUCCGGGUUCUCUCCAAUGAUGAGUUGCCAUCGUAUGUCAACUCAGACGAGAGGAUUGUGGAGUUGCAGGGAGAAACUCUCAAGGUUCUUAAAGCUCUAGAAGCUGUGGUUGGGCAUCUAAGGAAGUUCUUGGUGGAUCAUAGUGUUAUUCCCUUAUUCGAGAAGACUUACAAUACAACAGUCUUACAAGAUCGCCAAGUAGAGACUUGGGCUGACAGGCCAUUGUCACAUACUACUUCUCAAACUGGAAUUGGUACUGAUUAUCCUCUUACAGCAAAGCGGGAUUCUCUGUUUCUUGACCGUGAAACCCAUAUGGAAUCACGAAUGCCUCCUCCUGGACUUUCACUAUAUGGAGAAGAUUCUGCACUCUCGGGAAUACGUUCUUCAGGACUUGGUCUUGCUGGUGGUCCUAUUAUAACGCAGAUUGCGCAAACAAUGCAAAUACCACUAACUUAUGCUGAGGACAUCAUUGGGAUUGGAGGGGCAAAUAUUGCAUAUAUCCGACGUACUAGUGGCGCCAUCCUCACUGUGCAAGAGAGUAGAGGCUUACCAGAUGAAAUCACUGUCGAAAUUAAAGGGACUUCAUCGCAAGUUCAGACAGCUCAGCAACUUAUUCAGGAAUUUUUAAGCAGCCACGAAGAGCCGGUUGGUGGUAGUUAUGGCAAGAUUGACACUGGUUUUAGGUCUCCCUACUCGCAGUUUGAUAAUAGCUCCUAUUCUUCAUCUUCCUUCUCUGCACAGCCCUAUGGUGGGUAUGGAUCGUCUGGUGUGGGAGGAUAUGGUAAUUUCAGGCACUGAUAGGUAGUCCGGCAUCUCCUCAUUUUGAGUUAUCUUUUCCGAUGUUUUCAUCAAAUUACCAUGGAAAUGUAGUCCGUGUAAAGCUUGUCUUGUGUAGAUGGUUCAUACUUUAUUUGAGCUUCAAGUUCUGAAUCUUAUGAUGAACUUGAUAUUCAAGUGGCUAAGCAUUGAAGGAACAAUAAAAACGUUGAUCAAUUGUAGUGGUUUUCUGUAUCUUUUCAAUAGCAGAUUAAUGGUUUUUUUU